UCUCUAUUUUCUCCCCGCCCAUUAGCAGCGUGAACGCGCACUGCCGCGCGUCCCCAGAGCGGCCGCACUGAUUAGCUAGGCAAAGUGGAGAGUUUCUAGCGACCGUCACCGAGCUGCGAAGGACUGCUUUUUAAUUACAUUAACUACAGCGAACACGCACGGAUAAAAAAAAAAAAGCGCAAGUAUUCAGCGCGGAGUUGUAUUUCGAGGAGUUGUUCGGAGGCAGACGGCGGGAGAGAGAAGAAAACAAAUUAAUUCAGUGGGAAUGCAGGGAAUUAAAUAGAGACUUAGGCAUUUUGAGUGGCUACAAGUGUGUGUGGCUCUGCAACCCAUCCUGAGAGCAGACGGAAAACUUGAGUCCCACUUACAACCGACUUCAGCGUUCACUUCUGGAGUGGUAAUGUCUUGAAUCGGUGGCCUCUCCAGCCCAGUAAAGGACGUGCCAGUGCCGGGCUGCCGCUAAUGGGAACUCCUGCUCUGCCAUGAGUGCUCGUGAUGGCGUUGGUGGCAUGGGCACCCUGGGCCGGCGGCCGCGCUUCGAGAACUCAGAGUUCACCGUGCGCAUCUACCCAGGCGCCCUGGCCGAGGGCACCAUCUACUGCCCGAUCAGUGCCCGCAAGACCACCACAGCCGCUGAGGCCAUCGAACGUGUAAUUGAACGCCUGCAGCUGGACCGCACCAGGUGUUAUGUUCUGGCUGAGGUGAAGGAGUUCGGUGGGGAAGAAUGGAUUCUGAACCCCUGCGACUGUCCCGUGCAGAGGAUGAUGCUCUGGCCCCGGGUGGCACUAGAGCACCGCCCACUGUCUGGUGGCGAGGACUACCGCUUCCUCCUAAGGCAGAAGAACCUAGACGGCUCGAUUCACUAUGGCGGCAGCCUCCAGAUGUGGCUGCAGGUCACAGAGGAGCGCAGGCGCAUGGUGGAACGUGGACUGCUGCCACAGCCUGAGGCUCAUGGUGACCAGGCAGAUCUAUGCCGCCUGCCGGAGCUCAACGAGCGCUCGCUGCUGGACAACCUGCGCUCGCGCUUCCGCCAGGAAAGGAUCUACACGUAUGUCGGAAGCAUCCUCAUCGUCAUUAACCCCUUUAAGUUCCUGCCCAUCUACAACCCCAAGUAUGUGAAGAUGUAUGAUAAUCAUACACUGGGUAAUUUGGAGCCACAUAUUUACGCCGUGGCUGAUGUGGCGUACCACGCCAUGCUGCAGAAAGAGAGAAAUCAGUGCAUCGUUAUAUCUGGGGAGAGCGGCUCUGGGAAGACGCAAAGCACGAACUUUCUCAUUCAUCAUCUGACCGCUCUCAGCCAGAAGGGUUUUGCCAGUGGAGUGGAGCAGAUCAUCUUGGGGGCCGGGCCAGUACUAGAGGCAUUUGGGAACGCAAAGACAGCCCACAAUAACAACUCGAGUCGCUUUGGUAAGUUCAUUCAGGUGAACUACCAGGAGAGUGGCACUGUGAGAGGAGCAUAUGUGGAGAAAUACCUGCUGGAGAAGUCGAGGCUGGUCUAUCAGGAGCACAAUGAGCGAAACUACCAUGUGUUUUACUACCUGCUGGCAGGAGCGAGCGAAGAAGAGAGGAAAGCCUUUCACCUCAUGAAGCCUGAAGAAUACCAUUACCUCAGUCAGAUGACAAAGUCAACCCACCAACCGCACUGGGACAGUUACUGUGAGAGUGAACCGGACUGCUUCACAGUCGAAGGAGAAGACCUGAAGCAUGACUUUGAGAGGCUUCAGCUGGCUAUGGAGAUGGUGGGCUUUCUUCCUUCCACACGCAAACAGAUCUUCUGCCUGCUGUCGGCCAUCCUUCACCUGGGCAACAUCCGCUACAAGAGGAAAACCUACAGGGACGACUCGAUCGACAUCUGUAACCUAGAGGUGCUGCCUGUCGUCUCAGAACUGCUGGAGGUCAAAGAAGAGAUGCUGUUUGAAGCUCUGACAACGCGGAAGACCGUUACUGUCGGAGAGAAGCUGAUUGUCCCUUACAAACUGUCCGAGGCUGGUACGGUGCGGGACUCCAUGGCGAAGUCCCUGUACAGUGCUCUGUUUGACUGGAUUGUCUUCAGGAUCAACCACGCUCUGCUCAACAUCAAGGACCUGGAAGAGACCACCAAGAUCCUGUCCAUUGGAGUGCUUGACAUUUUUGGGUUUGAGGAUUAUGAGAACAACAGCUUCGAACAGUUCUGCAUCAACUUUGCCAACGAGCGUCUCCAGCACUACUUCAACCAGCACAUCUUCAAGCUUGAACAAGAGGAAUACAGAGCAGAGGGCAUCAGCUGGCACAACAUCGACUACAUCGACAACACAGGCUGCAUCAACCUGAUCAGCAAGAAGCCCACAGCGCUGUUUCACCUACUGGAUGAAGAGUGCAAUUUCCCUCAAGCCACCAACCAGACCUUGUUGGAUAAGUUCAAGAGGCAGCAUGAGGGGAACAGCUACAUCGAGUUCCCUGCUGUCAUGGAGCCCGCCUUCAUUAUCCGACACUAUGCGGGCAAGGUCAAGUACGGGGUUAAGGAUUUCAGAGAGAAGAACACAGACCACAUGCGUCCGGACAUCGUAGCUUUACUGAAGAGCAGCAAGAACGCCUUCAUCUGCGGGCUGAUGGGCAUCGACCCGUCAGCCACUUUCCGCUGGGCGGUACUCCGAGCCUACUUCAGGGCCCUGGUGGCUUUCCGAGAGGCUGGGAAGAGACACGCGCAGAAGAAGACUGGGCAUGAUGACGCUGCUCCCUGUGCAGUUUUGAAAAGUGUGGAUAGUUUUAGCUUUCUGCAGCACCCUGUGCAUCAGAGAAGCUUAGAGAUCCUGCAGAGAUGCAAAGAGGAGAAGUACAGUGUGACCGGUAGGAGUCCACGUACGCCGCUGUCAGACCUUCAGGGAAGCAACACCAUCAACGAGAAAUCCCCACGGAGUUCUCCAGGCCUGGGCUGGAAUGGGCGCGUGGGUCGACUGAGCCGCUUGUCAUCCAGCAGCUCCACCACAGAAGAAGAUGGCAUCUUUGUCAACUCUGCCAGCAGUAAACUCCUUGAGAGAGCCCACGACAUCCUCAUGAGGAACAAAAACUACAAAUCUAAGCCAGUUCUUCCAAAGCAUUUACUGAACGUCAAGUCACUGAAGUAUCUCAGCAAACUGACGCUUCACGACCGCAUCACCAAGUCACUGCUUCACCUCCACAAAAAGAAGAAACCACCCAGUAUCAGCGCACAGUUCCAGGCCUCCCUCAAUAAGCUAAUGGAGACUCUGGGUCAGUCUGAGCCUUAUUUUGUCAAGUGCAUCCGUUCCAAUGCUGAGAAGCUGCCCUUAAGGUUUAAUGAUAACCUGGUGCUGAGGCAGCUGCGUUACACAGGUAUGCUGGAGACUGUGCGCAUCCGGCAGUCGGGCUACAAUAUAAAGUACAGCUUCAAGGAUUUUGUCCAUCACUUCUGUGUGCUGCUCCCAGAGGGCACCAGUGCCACCAGAGAGGGCAUCCAGCAGAGUCUGGACCAGCUGGACCUCGAACCAGAUGGCUAUCAAGUGGGAAAGACAAUGGUGUUUCUGCGGGAGGCUGAGCGUCAGCGUCUGCAGGCCGUACUCCACGCUGAAGUUCUCCGGCGCAUCGUCACGCUGCAGCGGCGAUUCAGAGUCCGGCUGGAGAGGAAGCAGUUUGUCAGAAUGAGAGAAGCGGCGAUCUGCAUCCAGAAAUGGUGGCAUUUGUACCAGUCCAUAGAAGAGGAAGAGGAGGAUUAUGACCCUAACGUCCAGGAGAGGGCAGCUCUGUGUCUGCAGACACACUGGCGAGGUUCCAGGGAGCGUCAGAAGUUCAGGCUGUGGAGGGAGGCUGCUCUGGUGCUACAGAGGGCAUGGAGGUUAUGGCUCUACCGGCGCUGCACAGCAGCUCUGCUCAUUCAGACGGCCUGGCGCUGUCAUCAAGCAAGAGAAGCCUACUUGCGUCUGUAUCAUGCUGUGGUACAACUCCAGGCAAUAAGCAGAGGAUUCCUCACCAGGCAGAGCUUCAAGAAACUGCGAGAACAGACGCUGAGGGACAAGAAGGAGCAGCAGGAGAAGCUGCUUCAACUGCAGAAUGGCCAGGUGAGUCUCUCACCAGAGGAAGAGGAGGAUCCGCCAGAGAGGAUCAUGGGCUUGGACCUCAGCACGUGGGAGGAUCGCUCCUACGAGCAGCGAGAAAGGAGCCUCCAAACCCUCAGCAGCCACGAGGGCGCGGCUCAAGAGGAAGGAGAGGACAGAGAGCAUGCUUGUACCAGAGAGAGUCCCUCUAAAGUGCAAACUGAAGCACCGGACUCGAUCCAGACCUCCACUGUGGUGGUGCGAGAGAGGUCCAGAACUACAGACGAGCCCAGCCAGAAAACCACUCGGGCCAAGAGAGAGAGCCGGCGGAUGAGAGAGUUGGAGCAGGCCAAGUUCAGCCUGGAGCUCCUCAAGGUGCGGGCGACCGGCGGCGGACCCUCAUCCCCGUCUGAGGAACGCCGCUGGUCUUUGGAGCUGGUGCCCCCUGCAACACCACCUCUCCCUUCGCCCCAGGGCACGCCCGACAGCCAGAGCUCCAAAGGCAGCUUUGAGCUUCUCAGUAUGGAUGACGAGCCACCCAAGGCUGUAGAAGAGGUGACAGACAGCGAGGACCUCUGCUCCCCUGUUCCUUCGGUAGCUCCGGAACCUGAGCCUAAUAUGGAGGUUGUUUCAACAAGCCCUAAGCCAGUUGAACCACAUAGGACAGUGGUUUCUGAUGCUGGCAGCCAGGGCCAGACCAAAAUGGAUCUGGCAGCCCCCUCUGCCCCCGCACAUCCGCCCAAAAUCGAGAACUACCUCCCUACCUUUUACGUCCCUGCUAGCGAGGGCAGCACAGUCGUCUCCCGUCGUCCCGCCGAAGAGCCCAAACAAACCACAGAGGCAGCCGUCUCUACAACCACCACUGUUACCAAGACUCUCAAAGAAAGGCGGGAGUCAUCGCGUCGCCCAGUGGUGGUGGUCAUCAGCAUGCAGAAAGAAACGCCACUAAGCCAAGAGCUGAGUGAUCUUGUCCGUCCUCCUGUAGAGGUUCGAGAUUGGGCAUCCCGGACAGGGGAGAAGCCAGACCCAGCUCCCGUCCCCGCUCCUACCGCUGUCCCUCAGGCUGACCAGGCUGUCAUAGAGAAGCUAGUGCGACUGAACGAGGAGAAAGAGGUGAGGCAGCGUAAUCAGCGGCAGCAGAACGAAAAGGAGAUGAUGGAGCAGAUCAGACAACAGAAAGAAGUGCUGGAGCGCCAGCGUCUUUUCUUCGCUCAGUACGAGAGAGACAUGUUUGAGAAACAAAGAGGAGAAGCUCUGCACAGAAUACAGCAGAGUCGGCAGGGUGGACAAGAUGUUGGCGGAUCCGCAACCUCGGGAAAGCCCCUUAGACCCAGUUCCCUGCUAAUUGAGAGAACAGCAGGGCUAGUUCCUCAUGCCAGAACACAGUCAGUCUCCACCGCCCAGUCGGUGCACUCUCCGCCGGGUGUAGACCUCCAGGGCAGCGCCCCUCACCCCCAGCUGCCUCCUCCACCUGCUUCUGUUCCCAGAGAAAGACGCAAGGAGAGGAGGCCUGUUGCUGACGGCUGGGCACCCAAACUCACGCUGGAGUCUAAAGAUGGAGGAGGAGGAGCCAGAGCCAGAACAGCAACCAAGAAGCCACCAAGUACUCAGGACGACACAGUUGGUACGACGGACAAGCCAAACAUCUUCUUCUCUCCAAACGACAAAGUCACAUUUACAAAGUUUGACAGUGAUGCUGUCACUAAAGAAACACCUGCAGCCAUUCCCAGAGAAGGACCAUCACCAGUCUCCAAGCCCUCUAAAGGGGCAAAGGUGCGGGAUGUUGGCAGAGCGGGCCAAAAAAAGAAAGCCAGAAUGGCACGGACCCGCUCCGACUUCCUCACCCGCGCCCCCUCCCUCUCAGUUGGGGGCGAUUCAGACGAGGAUGACUAUGAUGGCGACAGCCCCGUCAGCCCCCGUCAUUACACUCUACCCCUCUCCAAACAGAACUCCACGGACGCGGGCUUAAGAAAGUCCUGUUUCAGUGACUCAGACAUGCCUGCAAGCUCUGAGGAGCAAAAGAAGAUUCACAAAGCCAUGUCGUCAGGAGAUUUGGUCAAAGUGGACUCCAUGCGCAAGAACUCGCAAGAUGGAAGGGUCCGUAAGAUGCGUUUCUGGGGCAAGACAAAGUAUGGGGAUAAGAAGACGUCCAGAGAAAAGUUGAUCUGUGGGGCUGAUUCCUUGGAUGGAGACUAUGGAGACACUGGGCCAUUGCUGGGAGACGGUCAGGAGAACAUGUCGCCUCCCUGCAGUCCUGACCCGAUGUUGGAUCGGGGGUUCCGAGACUUGAAGGAGAACAAGGAGCCGUCUCCCAAGGUGAAGCGACGGCGCAGCGUUAAGAUCAGCAACGUGGCUCUGGAACCUGCUCAGUGGCAGAACGACGCGCUGCAGAUCCUCACCUGCACCAACGACUACAGGAGCAUGAACGACUUCCUCAUGAAGAAGAUCAACGACUUGGACACGGAGGACAGUAAGAAGGACACCAUGGUGGACGUCGUGUUUAAAAAGGCUUUGAAGGAAUUCCGUCUGAACAUCUUCAACUCUUACUCCACAGCACUUGCGAUGGACGACGGUAAGAGUAUCCGCUACAAAGAUCUCUACGCUCUGUUUGAGCAAAUCUUGGAAAAGACCAUGCGACAGGAGCAGAGGGACUGGAGAGAGUCUCCUGUCACAGUGUGGGUCAACACCUUUAAAGUUUUCCUGGAUGAGUUCAUGACUGAGUACAAACCUCUGGACAGCACACCCAGCAAGCAGGCACCUAAACCUGAACGCAAAAAACGGAGGAAAAAGGACACAGACAUUGUGGAGGAGCAUAACGGCCACAUCUUCAAGUCCACCCAGUACAGCAUCCCCACAUACUGUGAAUACUGCUCAUCACUCAUCUGGAUGAUGGACCGCGCCUGCGUGUGCAAAUUGUGCCGAUACGCCUGCCACAGAAAGUGUUGCCAGAAGAUGACCACCAAAUGCAGCAAGAAGUUUGAUCCAGAGCUUUCCUCCAGACAGUUCGGAGUGGAAGUUUCUCGUCUGACUAAUGACGAGAGGACGGUGCCUCUGGUAGUGGAGAAGCUUAUCAACUACAUUGAGAUGCACGGCCUCUACACCGAAGGAAUAUACAGAAAAUCUGGCUCAACCAACAAAAUUAAGGAACUCAAGCAGGGACUCGACACAGAUGCAGACAGCAUGAAUCUGGACGACUACAACAUCCACGUCAUCGCUAGUGUUUUCAAGCAGUGGCUUAGAGACCUGCCUAAUCCUCUGAUGACAUUUGAGCUGUAUGAAGAGUUCAUACGACACAUGGCUUUGCAGGAUAAAAAGGAUGCGAUCAGAGGAGUGUAUUCCGUUAUUGACCAGCUGAGCAGAACUCACCUUAACACUCUGGAGCGUCUCGUAUUUCAUCUUGUCAGGGUCGCCUUGCAAGAGGAUACAAACCGUAUGUCAGCCAACGCCUUGGCUAUAGUUUUUGCUCCCUGUAUCCUGCGCUGUCCUGACACCAUUGAUCCAAUGCAGAGUGUCCAGGACAUCGGCAAGACAACAGCGUGUGUAGAACUUAUCAUUUGUGAACAGAUGAAUAAGUACAAAGUUCGACUAAAGGACAUCAGUAGCCUGGAGUUUGCUGAGAAUAAGGCCAAGUGCAGACUGACCCUCAUUCGACGGUCGAUGCAGACAAAUGCAGCUAAAAAGGGAAAAGGCCAUGUACAGCGACUAAGCUACCACACACCCUCGCCUCCUGUAAGUCCCCGGCUGCCAUCUGUGGCUCACCCCGUGAUAGAAGAGAGUGCUGGUGAAGAGGGAGAGGACUCGUUUGCUCAAGUCUCAGAGCAUCAGCAGGCAGCCAUGCAGCAGGAGGAGAGAGUGCUGACAGAGCAAAUUGAAAGCCUGCAGAAAGAGAAAGAGGAGUUGACUUUUGAAAUACUGGCUCUGGAGCCACGAGCAUCAGAUGAUGAAACCCUGGAGUCGGAGGCCUCUAUCGGUACAGCUGACAGCUCUGAAAACCUUAAUGUGGACAUUGAGGGAACUGUUUCUGACGUAUCUGAGAGAGGUCCAGUCUUGACUUCCCCGUGGCCUCGGAGAUCUGACAUGACGAGCCCCCGACGGCACGCUCUCCGCCGGCAGCCUGACUCCCUGGACUCUGUGGACUCUUGCUCCAGUGUUUCCUCCUACUCUUCCUCAUCACACUUCCAGCCAUCAUCCUCUUUCUCCUCUGCCACCACCCGGCGCUUUCGUUUCCACUCCAAGUCUCCCACCAUGGGCUCAGGUCCAGCCCAGGCACAAGCACAGGCCCAGGCCCAGGCUCUUAAUGCAUCUCAAGCCUCCCGUUCUGACAGCAUAGACAGUAGCCCUACAGGAGAUCCGGAAGGCGCGUAUGACGAAAGGCCCCAGUUUACCAGCCGAGGCACCUUCAAUCCGGAGAAGGGCAAACAGAAACUUAAAGGGGCCAAGCAUUCAACUCUGAGGCACUCCAGAGAAGGCAGUCGCCAAGGCAGGGACCCUCCAGACAUACCACAGCAGCUGGUAUUGUAUGGCAGUAAUGAAUUCAUGGUAUGAAGAACACUGCGCCACCAAAUCACUCCCUAUCUAUGUCCCUAGCAGGUGUAUAUGUUCUAAAUGGGAGGUAAUGCAAUGGCGACUGAUCUCCACUCCUCAAAGCACUCUUGCUUUGCCUUUCUUUCUUGAAGUCUGCAAAGAAGUGUCUCAAAGUGCCGUGUACAGUGUUUCCACCUCCAAAGGGGGGAGAUGUACGGCAGAGGGACAGAAAUUGGUGGAAAGUCUCCUUUUCUGUGGACUAAACUGCCACCCAUGCUCUCACAGUGCCUCGGGCAGCUCUUUACUCAGCGCCAAGAGGAGACGCACUGAGCAGGAGGACAGAGAAAAGGGAAUGUUGGAAUGUGCAAAAGAGCACGCAGCAUCAGGGAAUGUUAUGGAGCUGGAAAGCCGAAGCAGUGUAUGACAGUAAAUGAGAAGAAAUCAGGCAAUGUCAAGCGUCACGGAUGUUACAGUGAACUUAAAGCUCACAAUUAUUAGCUGCUUUAUGAGUUUACAGUUCAUAACAAUCAGUGUAAGCAGUGGUUGCUCUGUUACUACAAAUUUAUUUUUUUCCCUUAUUUAAUAAGUUUUAAUGUCACAGAAAUUCUUUUUAGCAUUUAAUAUACAGGUAUAAAUACUGUACAAAGCCGGAACCCCAGCCUCUGCUGGGUAGUUGAAGUCAUAUUUAUCUUUUUUUUUUUUUUUUUUUGAGUAUCUUGGACAGAGAUGUACGGAUUGGGGCUGUGUGUGUGUCUGUGUGUGUGUGUGUGUGUGUGUGUGUGUGUGUGUGUGUGUGUCUGUGUGUGCGUGCGCGUGCGUGUGUGAGAAAGAGAAAAACCACUUCAUGUGUUUAAAGUUUGUGCUGCUUUUUCCCCCCUUACAAGGGAAAUACCGCCAUCAAAGGGACCAAGUCAGCUGGCGCGUAUUCGAGCCAAAGGGGAUCCCAGCUCUGUAAAGAAUGACGGAAUUUGUAUGAAAUCCCUGCAUUCACUGCUUAACAGCCAUACAACAAUUGUAAUUGUACAGUGCAGUUCAUAUGUACAGUAUAGUGGACAAAUGCCAUUUGAUUCUUGAAACCUAUUGUUACCCCGCCCCCUCCGACUCCCAAACCAAUCCCCACCUCCUGUCUCUAAAGUGUUUGCUCAGUAGCAACCAAGAAAGAACAUAAAAUCAGUAUGUCUUCUGUCUUUA